AUGUCAACCACCACGAGCGGCAUAACUCAAGAUGAAGCAGAAAUAUACGAUCGUCAGAUCCGUUUAUGGGGUCUCGAUGCUCAACAAAGAAUUCGAAACGCCCGUGUCCUUAUUGCUGGAAUGCGUGCUUUGAGUGACGAGGUGUGCAAAAACAUUGCUCUUGCUGGUGUAGGCUCGAUCACGCUUCUUGAUCACGAUACGAUUAAAGAAGAGGAUCUCGGCGCGCAGUUCUUCUUGAGCGCAAAAGAUAUCGGGAAAAACCGAGCUGAAGCGUCUGCACCGGCUAUCCAACAACUAAAUCCUCGCGUUAACGUGGUGGUGGACCAAGAUGAUAUCGUGAACAAGCCUGACGACUUCUUUAACAACUUUGACAUUGUGUGUCUAUUCCACAAAGAAAUUGGCAUUUUGGAACGCGUAAACACUUUGAGACGUAAGGUCGGCAAACCAUUCUAUACUGCAGAUGCAUUCGGCUGGUUCGGUUACAUCUUUUGCGACUUGGUAAAGCAUACAUAUAUUGAAGAGCGAAAAAGCGAAUCACGGGGUAAGAAAUCAGGCGAGGAACCCAAGGUGCAACGAACGACGUGUGUUGAAGAAUAUGCCAGCUUUGAGCAAUCUUUGCGGAGUGAUUGGUCUGCCAAGGGCAAAAAAGUCAAGCGGUUGUCUCCACUUAGUUUUGUGAUCCAUGUGUUAUUCAAAUUCGAACAAGACCAUGGACGUUCUCCAACAGAAAAGGAUAUCCCACAAAUACUUGCACAAAAGGAUAAAUAUCUGGAGGCUAUGGGUGUAAAGGAUUCCAAUUUACUGCAGGAUGAGCUGAUAAAGGAUGUUGUAUCUUUACUUGACACUGAAAUGGCACCGGUUGCUGCAAUCGUCGGUGGUGUCCUUGCACAAGAAAUGAUCAAGGUUCUUUCUGCCAAGGAACUGCCCAUUCAAAACUGGUUCUAUUACAGCGGUCUUGAUGGGUCGGGUAUGAUCCAUCAAAUAUGA